GCCGUUCGCGAGCCACUCCAUGUGAGCAGUCCUUCGGAUGCUCUCUCGCACUGCACGCCGGACGCGUUCGCCUUCGCCGUUAUUAUUAUUAUUAUUAUUGUUAUUAUCCGUCAUCGUCGUUUUUCAGAGUUUAUCAAUCAUUAUUUCGUGGCGUACUGCGUCGUGUGUCGGAAUAUAUAAGUUUUGUACGUCCGAGAUCGAUCUCUUUUUUUUUCUUUUUUUUUACCUUUUUUUUUUUUACAAAAAAAUUAAAAAACGGUGUGCGCGCGUGCGUGUGAUUUUCGUAAAAUUAAAUUUUCCGUUGCUCGUCCGUGCGUUUUUUUUCGUGGUCUCGCCGCGUGCGAGCGCGCCUUCAAACAUACGUGAUCGAUAAUUAUCUUAUCAUUAUAUUCAUCAUCACCGUCAUAAUCAUCGUCGCACACCGCACGGACGGAAGAAUAUUACGGAACACCCGAUGUAGGUGUACAGCGCGCGGAUCCGUUUUUUCGAACUCACGAGCGGUGGACACCGUCGAAGUCUACUUGGUCAUCCUCGAGAUUUCUUUGGGAAGACAUAUUGCAAAGAAAUAUUACGAUGGGUUGUUUUUGUACCAGCGCUCGGACACACCACUGCAAGAUCGUGUUGCUCGACGACCAAGAACUCGUGCACGAAGUACAGGUAUCAGUUUUUCCUGCAACUCAAACAGGAUAUACUUCAAGGUCGUGUACCUGUCACCCAAGAACUGAUGGCUGAGCUGGGAGCGUACGUCGUGCAAUCCGAACUAGGAGACUUCGACCCUAGACGACACACCCCCGGGUACGUGUCUGAAUUCCGGUUCGUGUCCAAUCAGAACGCAGAGCUCGAGACCCGAAUCGGAGAAAUACACAAAGAACUCACGGGUCAAGUGCCUGCAGUCGCCGAGCUGAACUUCUUGGAUAAAGUCAAGUGGCUGGACAUGUACGGCGUCGAUCUUCACCCAGUUCUCGGCGAAGACAACGUCGAAUACUAUUUAGGUCUAACUCCGACCGGAGUGAUUGUUCUCCGGAACAAAAACAUCGUAGCGAACUAUUACUGGCCCAGAAUCACCAAAAUUUUUAGCAAAGGAAAAUAUUUCAUGCUCAGAGUGUGCGAUAAAAACAACGACGAGAACACUUACGGAUUCGAGACGCCCUCGAGACCGGCGUGCAAACAUCUGUACAAGUGCAGCAUGGAACACCAUUCUUUCUUCAGACUGGUCCAAGUGUCGCCCAACCCUCCGGACGUCAUAAGCACUCGGUUCAGCAGCGGCCGUGCUGACAAGUCAUCGGUGAGAAGUUCGCAGAUGAGCAGCAGGACACCACCGUCGUUCACGAGAACACCUAGUCGCCGUUAUCAGAGGAGAAUCGUCGAAGGAGCUAAUGACAAUCAAACUAUUGGAGACGAGUACAAGACCAGGGACGAAAUGUUGUUGCUGUCGUCGUCAUCGUCGUCGCUGAAGCCGCAAGACAAGUUGAAAAACUGUUCCAACCCUCAACUGCCCGUCCACACCAUGUACGUGCCGAACCGGAGCGAUUCGCCGAGAAGCACCAGAAGCGCUCCGUGGGGCGUUUGGUCGAGUGCUCCGACGAGAGGUCUGUACUCGAGCAGCUCGCCCCGGAGCGUCAGGUCCGGACCGCAUCAGAUCAUGCGUCAUGCCCGUCGGUCAUCGAGCGUGGACAGCCAGAGUUCGAACGACUCGAGAUCGUGCCGCAAGCAUAGGCACCGGAACCACCGACGGUCAUCCGACAACGAGAGCGAGCAAUCCGGACGGUCGAGCAAGUCGCAUCGAAGGCACAGGCACAGGAGCCGGAAGUCGUCGGCGGGCGAGGAACACGAGCACAGGCGGCACAGGUACCAGCUGGUCGAGUCGGAGGGACAGUGGCGCGAGGUGCAGCGACGACAGGCGGAGGGCAGAUCGGCCAUACAAAAAGCGUCGGUGGUCCGGCCGCGUUCGGGUUACGCGAACAGCGGUCUGGAGUCCGAGAGUGAGAUCUCGCACCACUCGUCGUCGUACCGGAGGCGGAAACACCGGAAGCACAGGUCACGAUCCAGAUCGCCAUCGGAAAGCAGCGGCAAGACGCGUCUGCCGGAAGAGCUCAAGAAGCAUCUGGAGUUCGAACUGGUCGAAACGGACGGCAUGACCGAGGAACAGUUGCGGGAAAUACCGUACACAGCGGUGAAGUCCAACUCGCCUCCUCUCUCGUCCAAACGGAAAACUUAUUCGUCCCGGAGGGCUAAAAGUUGUCCGUUAAAAGACUCGACAGUGCCCGAAGCAGGUGACAGUCCUCCACCACCGUAUAGCGAAGGUCCUGCCGAAAAGUGCACGUCUGCCAUACCGAAUUCAAAGAGUGCGAACCAGUUACCAAGCAGAAUACAACAACCUAACUUGAAUAAUAUGAUGAUGAGGUCGGCGGGCGACCCGAACACAAAAGCCACGUGUUCCGCGCUCUACGCCAACCCGUCUACAUUGCUCGGCACGACAACAAACUUUUCUAGUCACGACCAACGGAACCUUUUGAAUCAUUCGCGGUGGUUGCACGAUCUGGAGCAGAAGGACAACGCGCACAACAGGAGGACGGAAAAUCAGGCGCGCGACUUUGCCUACAACAACUCGACGCGGUCGACGAGCAACGGCAACGGCGCGGAACAACGGUCCAACGGGACGAGAACGUGGUCCAGCCAAGAGAUCCGCGGAACCGUGGGCGGCGGCGGCGGCGGUACGCCGUGGCAGUGCGUGCCGGACCGCGUGUACCCGGUGAGCGGUUACGGGCCGCCGAAGAACAUCAACCAGGCGGCGUACCAGAACCGGAGUAACAACAACCCGGACGGCAAAACGUCUCAGCCCGCGGCGUCGGCGGCGGUCGACGCCAACCGGAACACCGCGACCGCCGCGGACGACGCGAAGACCUCGGCCGCGGUCGGUCAGUCCAUUAAGUCCAGCAAGUCGUUCGAGAGCGGCGUGCUCGGCCAGCACGCCAACACGCCCAACGGCGUCAUACCGUGGCCGGGCGACCGCGGCAAACAGCGGCCGUCGCAAUGGGAUCACCACCAGCACCACCAGCAGCAGCACCACCAGCAGCAGCACCAGCAGCAGCAGCAGCAGCAUCAGCAGUACCACCAGCAGCACGCGUACAACAGCCGGUCGACCCAUCACGACGGCGACGAGUUCCUCUACCUGUCCAACCGGUCGUCGGCCGUGCGCUCCUCUUCCAGGGCCCCCACGUACUUUUCUCCACAGCACAACCACGUCGACCGUCUGUCAAACGCAGAACUGAGAUCGUCUGCCAGUCUCGAGGAGAUCCUCUCGCCGAUCUUGCAGAGCAAACUGACCACAUAAUCGUUUUGACGCGUUCAAAAUACCAUUUUGGAAUCGUACCACAUUCACCCAUUGUGUUCGUUCGGGGCCGCACCAGCCAGAGGACGAAAACGUCUUGACGAAAUAACGCGCGUGGCUAUUUUCUAUAUCAUAUUAUUAUGUAAUUCGCAUGCACUUUCACGUUGCACGCAUACGCCAUAUAUUAUUAAUAUUAUUAUUAUUAUUAUUAUUAUUACUAUCGAAAAUUGUACAGUGUACAAAUUAAAAUCAAUUUAUAGAUCUAUCAUUUUGUAAGGGAAACCUUUUCCAGAACAUUUAUGUGUAAGCGCUUGUUUUCUUCUUUGCCAUUUUAUUCCUCCAUUAUUAUUAUUAUUAUUAUUAUUAUUAUUAUUAUUAUUAUUUGUAAUCGUUUCACUUCGAGGGACACUGUCAAAGAGCGUCGAUAAGUCUGAGUUUUUAUUAAAUAUUUUUUUUCUAAUCUUUUUUUUUCAUCCCCACUCCCUUCUCGCGUCGUUUUAUUAUCGUUUCUUUCGAGUUGUUUAUAAUACACAUAUUAUACCAAAGCUCAAUUCAACACAUGUGUUCUGUGCGUUUAUUUAUUAUUAUAAUUAUUAGUUUUGUAUUUUAACGCGUGUUUUAAGAUUAAUACAUUAAUUUGUCUAUUGAUAACUGUGUGUUUUAAGCGUGAAGCUGUAUCAUUUUUAAUAAUAUUUUGUUUUUUUUUUUUUUUAAACAAUUUUAUUAUAGUAAAAUUAUUGUAUUUUAUAAUAUACCGCGUGCGGAGACUCUAUAACAUGUAUAAUCAUUACGUUUUCUCGGAUACUCAACAAUUAAAUCGAAAUUCAAACGAAUUAUUAUUUAUUUUCUGAUGAAUAUUGUGAUGACGAAAUUAUAUAUUAUCUUUUUAUUUAUACC